CUUUUAUUUAAAAUAAAUAAAAAAAUUAAUUUUUUCUAAUCCCAAUACUAAUACCGACCGGCAUACCUCCGCUGCCGCUUCCAUUGUUGAAACCCGCUACUGAUUCCGGGUUUCAGAUUAGAGGAAGCACCGGAAGCCGUUGCGGGGAAAUAUAACGCGAUAACUGUCAUCUCCAACAACGCCUCUCUUCUUCCAGUGCCCAAUAGCUCUUUCAGUGUCCUCUUGGAGACAGCGAACAAAGAAAGAAGGGUGUUUGUUAUUUGAAAAUGGAAACUCUGCUCUUUGUUUUUUUGUAUUGGAGUUUACAAACAAGGGAAUGAGAUCGGGGCACAUGAUCCGCUUGCCCAGUUGGAAACCAAAUCAGAAGAAGGAUUUAAUCUCCUCCCGGCUGACCACAUCAAAGAAGUCGAGCUCUGACACCAGCUUCCGCUUGGAGGAGAUCGACCUGCUCUUCGGUUUCCUCGGCGCCGGCGGGCAGCUCAGGAUCGUGGGGAUCUUGAAUUUCGCCGAUUUUGGUGUUUGACACUCAUCGCGGUCAUCGCUGGUGGAAUUCACGACCUCCUCCUCCACCGGAUUCCGAUCUGAAUUAUCGCCCAGAACAACCGUAACCUUCUUCGCCACCGCUGCUGCUGCAAGCUGGAGGAGUGUCCCAGAGAGAGAGAAGGGAGGGAGGAUGCGACUUUCUGGUUCCCUUUUCCAGAUCCGUACCUUUGCCGGCCUCCCGCAUCGCCGUUUCUGCACCCUAGCGCUACUCUUUCUCUUAACUAUUUGGAGUACAGAUCCAAGUUGAGCAAAUGGGAGAUUUUGGUUUGAGAAUAUUUUCAAUCUGCAAGCCUAUUCUCCAUGCUUCCUCUAAUCUGAAACCUAGAAUCAGUGGUGGGUUUUAACGAUGGAAGCGGCAGGGACAGCGGGGUAUGGGUACUGAUAUUGAGGAUUAAAAGAAAUUAGGGUUUUUUAUUUAUUUUUAAUAAAAGUGAUAAUGAGGU